UUUACGAUUUAUUUUGACAAAAUACUGCGACGUUAAGGUUAGUUUUAUUGAAAUAAUCUAGAUAAUAAUGAAAUGGGGCUUUGUUUAGCGUAUUUGUGUAGUUUAAUCAUGCGUAUGUUGUAUUUUUAUGAUGAAAAAACCGUCGUUAAAAUUUGUGUCAUUGAGCGUCGUGCUGCGAAUUUCCACCAAGUUUGAAAAUGAAAAUGCUUUUUUUUACGUUUUAUUCUGUAGAUGGCCGAAGACCAAGCUGAUAGAGAAUUGAAAUCCUUAUGCAAGUUGUUCAUAGGAGGAAUUCCUCGUACAAUAACCGACGAGGAGCUCGCGGAACACUUUCUGCAGUUCACCGAAGACGACUCGUUAAACGACUGUGUGGUCAUAAAAGACGAGAUGAAAAACUCGCGUGGAUUCGGGUUCGUAACCUACAACAAGUUAAGCGAUACGGACAACUGUCUAGCGAAUCGUCCACAUAAUCUCGGGACGAAGGAGGUUGAAGUCAAGCAUGCCAUACCUCGAGAUGAAAAAAUCGAAACCAACCAUGUUCGCACCAACAAAAUUUUUGUUGGCGGUCUCUCCAAAGAGGCGACGGAAGAGGAGCUCACCAGUGUCAUUGAGAACCACGUGUUAGCCGCCGGAGAGAGCCUGAAUGCGAAAAUCACGAAAUGUGACAUCAUCAAAGAGAAGGAGACCGGUGAGCCUCGUGGAUUUGCCUUCCUCGACAUGGCGUCCGAGGAUGAUGCGGAUAAAGUCGUGAUCGUCAAGCACUUCGACAUUGCAGGUCGCCGGGUAGAGUUGAAGAAGGCCGAGCCGAAAGGUGGUUCCGGCGGAGGUAGAGGUGGGGGUAGUCGAGGCAGAGGUGGUCGCGGUGCACGAGGUGGUGGUGGUGGCAGAAAUACUAGCCAGUUUGGUGGUGCAGGUGGAUGGGGCUUUAAUGAUCAGUUUGGUGGUGCUGGUGGUGGUUUUACUAUGGAUUAUGGUGCGUACGGUGGUUAUGGUGGUGGUGGAUAUGGAUUUGAUAGCAUGGGAGCAUUCAACCAAUAUGCACAGCAAGCUUCGAGUUAUGGACCAUCACGAGCAGCAACUGGACGCUACCGUGGACGCAAUGGCCCAUAUUAAAUAUUUACUCUCUUUGUAAGUAUAGAUAAUGUGUGUUGUUUAUGUUACAAUAGAACAUUCAGUUGAAUUGAAGUGUUCAACACCCAAUAAGUUAGCACUGUCAAUCCUAACUGAUAAUCAUGACCUUGAUAAUAAUGACAUUGAUCAUUUUAUGGUAGAAUAUGGAAAAUUGCCCUGCAAAUCAGUUUGAUACAGUGCUAAUUUAUUGGGGCUUGUCCACUCAAUUGAUGCUCAAAUUCCAUGUUUUCAGUACUAACUAGUGUGUAGCAAGUUGGAAUAAGCACUUUUUCCAUGUACUUUAUAACUAUAGCGGUCAGUACUGUGGUUAAACUAUUAGUCUUUCUUUUGUCUUUUUAGCGACAAGCAGAUAUGCCUUGUAUGAUUUCGAACUAAAAUUUCUAUUUUAAUACUUUAGGUCUCUAGCAAUCUUGUUCAGUCAAUUGGUUAAACAUUAAGUCUCAAGAAAUAGGAACCUAGCCCGUAGGCUAAGGCUGAAGAAUUACUCUCUAGAACUCAGAAGCAGACUACAAGAUUAAGCAGACUUUGGAUGCAGAGCAUUUGAGCCUAGGUCAAAUGAGGAAAUGAUGAGGACAAUUGAGAAAUCUUGGUCAUUUUAUCAACUUUCUAUGUAGACGUUAACAGUUUUAAGUCAAUUUUAAGUGUAACAUAUUUUAUUAAAAGUGAUUAAGUGUGAGUGCCCACAGUUUAGUUCAUUUAUAUUAUUUUGUAAGGUUGAAAUUGUUUUUGAUUGGUUAAAUAAUUUUGAACAUCCAUAUAAUUGGUGGUGGAAAAGUGAUUUUUCCCCAAAGAGACAGGUUGAAAGAUAUGGAUAUAUGACAGAAAUAUGCACAUCAAAGUAAAACUGCAAAACUAACCAAAUCACAAAAAUGUAACAGGUCAAUUCAACAAGACUCUGGGGACUAGAGACAGCCAAUUUGGUUAAAAUACAAACAGAUUUUAGAAGAGUUUGUUUAUGUAUCCCAGUGCAAAAAUGAAAAACAAUUUUCUAUUGUUAGACCCAUUGCUGUAAGAAACAGCGGGAUAUAGUUUUGUGUGUAUAUAUGUUCGGAACAAGUUUGGCCGUUCCAGUGAUGUGGAAUUUGUUGGUUCAAAAUUUGUAUUGAUAAUUUGGUAAUGGCUUUCUCAAGUGUUCAAAUUAUUUGGAAGGGAAACUGACAGUAAAAAAUUGAGUUGACCAAAAUAAUAACCUCGCAAGAAGUUCCAGGAGCAAUUCACUAAGGUGUAUAGUUGUAACCUGCUAUUGAUGUUUUUUGCUUGCAAGUAGGUACUUCAGUGUGCAAAAUGACACACAAGGUUUAUCUUAGGUUGAUUCAGAAUUGUUAAGGUUAGACUAGAAAUGCAUGCCCUCCUUAAGUGGACAUUGACCUUUUGGUAUCUAGGAUCAUCUGAGUGAAUUAAAUAGUACCCUGUUUAAUAUAUGGAUGAAUGAGAAACAUUCACUUAUAAACCUAAAUUGUGCAGUCUUAGAUCAAGAGGGAUUGGAACAAUUGUUUAAUUUGCCAAUUAAACCAAAUUAGUCCCAAUUUUCUCCAUUCAAUGUUUUUAUCUCUAUCAUCAACCCAGCACUCUCCAAGUGACAUGUAAAAUAGGACACAUUGGGGUGCAAUACAACUUAGAAAGGCCUGUUUACACUUGCAAUUUAUGCAGUGAUUUUAGGUGUGAUUUUCUUAUCGUGGAUGAGUUCGGAAUGUUCAGAUGAGGGUUCAUAUACUCUACUUGAUCACAUGCUUCAGAAGUGCCAAAUACCACAUGAAGUUUUGAUUGGCCAGUCUGGAUCAAUCAGCUGUCAGUGCAUAUAUCAUUACUGGGCUUGCAAAUUGAAACUUAGUGAGAAUAACAGGCAUUUCUAAAAAAUAGAACUUGUUAAGUUAGUAUCUGUAAUGAAGUUUAAAGUUUUUCAAGAAAACUAUGUUUUAAUGGCAAGCCUAAUUAGGAUUGUGCUUAUCUUCAAAGCGGAGUGUUGUACUUUGGUAUCCAAACUGUAGUUGCAUACAUGAAACAAAUUAGGCAAAUAAACAUACUGUAUACAGUAUAACUAUUUUUGUGAAUGUGUGCUCAUGAACAUGUAUUUUCCAAUUAAUAGCUCCAGGAUCCUAUCUGAGGAGCAAUGGUCGACAGCAGUGGAAAAUGGAAUAUUGAAGAAGAAAGUCAAUAAUUCUACACAUUGCAGUCCAUACAUGUCAAUAGAAUAACAGUCCUAACAGAAUUUGUACCAUUAGGAAAUUUAGAAUUUUAUAACAAUGUCAAACAGUCACUUUGAUAAGUAAAAUGGUAGAGAAACAAGCAGGUAGUUUAUGAGUCUACCCAUUACAGCAACAAUACAAAUCACCUAGUGUUAUAUGGCCCACUGCAGCUAAGUAAAUUUUAGAAUAUUAUAUUCUAGCUUCCCAGAUGAGCCUUCCACAGCAAUUGGCCUUCAAAAUAUUUUUUGUUUAUUUAUUGGGUACAUUGCAGUCAUUUCAAUUAUUUGAGGUUUAGUGGUUGACAUGACACAUAAAGUAGCAAACACUGAACUUAUAUUAUGGAAUUCGCCAUCAAUAGCUGUACGAAAUUUGGUGAACACAGGACAAUUUAUGUGCAGGUGUAAGUAUUUUUUCUUUAUAUUUUGGUCAGCAUGUGG